AUGCUCCUCGCCACGUUCAAGCUGUGCGCCGGGAGCUCCUACAGACACAUGCGCAACAUGAAGGGGCUGAGGCACCAGGCUGUGCUGGCCAUCGGCCAGGAGCUGAACCGGAGGGCCCCGGGGGGCCCGACCCCAGCUGCCUGGAUUAACCAGGUUCGGCGUCGCGGCUCCCUGCUCGGUUCUCAGCUGGAAGACACGCUCUACAGCGACCAUGAACUGGCCUAUAUCCAGCAGGGAGAGGAGGCCAUGCAGAGGGCCCUGGGCAUCCUCAGUGACCAGGAGGGCUGGAAGAAGGAGAGCCAGCAGGCGAAUGGGGACGAAGUGUUGAGUAAAGUGAUCCCAGACGUGGGCAAGGUGUUCCGGCUGGAGGUGGUAGUGGACCAGCCCAUGGAGAGGCUUUACGAAGAGCUCGUGGAGCACAUGGAGGCCAUGGGCGAGUGGAACCCGAAUGUCAAGGAGAUCAAGGUCCUGCAGAAGAUUGGAAAAGACACAGUCAUCACUCACGAGUUGGCCGCAGAGGCGGCAGGAAACCUUGUGGGGCCCCGAGACUUCGUGAGUGUGCGCUGUACCAAGCGCCGGGGCUCCAUGUGUGUGCUGGCUGGCAUGGCCACACACUACGGGGAGAUGCCCGAGCAGAAGGGCGUCAUCAGAGCUGAGCACGGCCCCACCUGCAUGGUGCUCCAUCCCCUGGCUGGAAGCCCCUCAAAGACCAAACUCACCUGGCUGCUCAACAUCGACCUCAAGGGAUGGCUGCCAAAGACUAUCAUCAACCAGGUCCUCUCGCAGACCCAGGUGGAUUUUGCCAACCACCUGCGCAAGCGCCUGGAGUCCCGCCCCGCUCUUGAAGCCAGGUGUUGA